UGCUGAAUGUGGGGGAGAGGUGGAAAGUUGCAGCUUUAGGGCUGUGUAGACCACAUGCUAUGGCAAGGAAUGCCUGUGUCUUUGUAGGAGACUGAAAGAGCAAAUGCAAAGGAGUGAGGAAAAGGAGGAGAGAAGUGAAGAGGGAGGGAUCUAAAGAAAGGCUGCAGCGUGGCUCUGUGUCUGAAUGAAAGAACCUCUCUCUCCCACUCUCCGUCUGUUUGUAUGGCUUAUGUCUGCUGCAGCAAGUGACCAUAUGCCCAGAACAAACACAACAGGACUCUCAAGCUGGAAGUGAAUACUGUGCAGAAACAUCGCCUGAGGACACAACUUUAACUUUUUAAUGCUUUUUGAAUGUUUCCCCCUUUUUUCUAAAAUGCUGGAUUGCAACAUGUUUUGAUGAUUGCUUCCAGAAAAAUACUUAUUUUUGAGAACGCAUCACAUCAUGGAUGUUAAGUUUCAAAAACUGGAAGAUUUGAAAACCUUAUCUCCUUUAAGAAUUUGUGUUGAUCUUUAGAAACUGACUGAAGCUGUCUACACCAACAAGACACUGGGACACUGGAUCGGCCAACCAAAUGCAGGUCUCCUCAACAUCAAAAUAAUUUACAGGAUCUGGAUCAGUGUGAUCUUACCUUACCUAAUUUACACACUUCACUGGAGGAACCAGAACAGUCCUGAGUGCUUUGUAGGUCUCUGGCCAACUUGCAAGCAGGUGUGAUGCUGGCUCAGCGUGUGUUUGAUACACACACUCACUCUUCUACACAGACACACAUGGUUGCCUGAAACCGCAGAGACCAAGAUAUUAAAUGAGGACAUCUGAUACUCUAAACUCUUAUAGAGAAUCUAACGUUGGGUCUCACACUUGCAUUUGACAUAUGCUGGUGGUUAUGUAACAUGUACAUCGGCUUCCUGUUUCUUACACAUUAUACUGAAAUAUCUCAAGUUGCUUUGGUUUACUGCAUUAUUAGGUGAAAAGCCAAACUAUCCCGAGCUAAAAUACAGCAUCUUUAGACCAUGACAUUACACAUCUGCAGUUUGGUACCCCAUCACAUCCUGGAGCAGGACUCCCUCCACCGUGUCCUUCUGCCCUUGCUGUUGUUGCUCCUCCAUGCUUGGCGGGGGAGCUGUCACCCCCAAUGUUUGGACUACAAGCCUCCGUUUGAGCCUCGGCAGCCACUGGGAUUCUGCAAGGAGUAUUCCAAGUUUGGAUGCUGUGAUCUGGAGAAGGACAGGGAAAUAGCAUUCAAGUUUGCCACCAUCAUGGACAACUUUGACCAUUUAGGUUACAACACCUGUGGCAAGUACAUACGCAGCAUCCUCUGCCAGGAGUGUUCUCCAUACGCUGCCCACCUGUAUGAUGCUGAAGAUGCCAACACACCUAUGAGGAUGUUGCCCGGAUUGUGUGGUGAUUACUGCUUCGACUAUUGGCAUCAGUGUCGGUACAGUCUCAGCCUCCUCCUGGAGGACUUGGGUAACCCACAGCAGUUUUCAAACCUGACUUCAACAAUAGAAGAAGAUCGCAGGAGGUUCUGUGACUUUUUGGAGCUGAAAGAUAAACAGUACUGCUAUCCCAAUGUGUUGACAAAUGCAGAGCUAAACGUCAACCUUGGCUUAGUACGUGAAGAUCCUAAAGGUUGUCUGGAGUUAUGUUUAGAGGAAAUUGCCAACGGGCUCCGUAACCCUGUGGCCAUGAUCCACGCAGAUGAUGGAACACAUCGCUUCUUUGUUGCAGAGCAGCUGGGUUAUGUAUGGGUGUAUUUGGCCAAUGGCUCCAGGAUUGAUCGUCCUUUCCUCAACCUCACCAGGGCUGUCCUUACAACGCCAUGGGCUGGAGACGAGAGGGGAUUUCUCUGCAUAGCUCUCCAUCCAAGGUUUACCACGGUCAGAAAAGCCUAUGUCUACUACUCUGUGUCUGUCAGAAAGGAGGAGAGGAUACGUAUCAGCGAGUUCACAGUGUCAACACAUGAUGACAACCAACUAGACCACUCAUCUGAGAGAACCAUUCUUGAGGUGGUAGAGCCAGCAUCCAAUCAUAAUGGAGGACAGCUUCUGUUUGGCCAGGACGGGUAUCUGUACAUCUUUAUUGGUGAUGGUGGGCGAGCCGGGGACCCAUUUGGAAAGUUUGGCAAUGCACAGAACAAGUCGACCCUUCUUGGCAAGGUGCUGCGUGUUGAUGUUGACAACAAUGAUGAUGGUGCCCCGUACAGCAUUCCCUCAGACAACCCGUUCCUGGGGGAAAAUGAAGCUCGACCUGAGAUUUAUGCCUAUGGAGUGCGCAACAUGUGGCGUUGCUCCAUUGACCGUGGUGACCCCGCUACAGGCCGAGGCAGAGGCCGGAUGUUUUGUGGUGAUGUGGGCCAGAACAAAUAUGAAGAGGUGGACCUUAUUGUCAAAGGGGGAAACUACGGAUGGAGGGCCAAAGAGGGCUUUAGCUGCUACGAUAACAAACUCUGUCAAAACUCAUCUCUAGAUGACGUCUUGCCUAUAUUUGCUUACCCUCACAAGUUGGGCAAAUCAGUGACAGGAGGAUACAUCUACAGAGGCUGUCAGAUGCCCAACCUCAAUGGACUCUACAUCUUUGGGGAUUUCAUGAGUGGGCGUUUGAUGUCUUUGAAGGAGAAUGUCACAGGUGAAUGGCAGUACAAUGAGAUUUGCAUGGGCAGAGACCAGACGUGCAGAUUCCCUAGACUCAUCAACAACUAUCAUAAAUACAUCAUCUCUUUUGCUGAGGAUGAGGCAGGUGAACUGUAUUUCUUAGCCACACGAGCCCCGAGUGCCGCAGCCAGAGCAGGAGUCAUCUAUAAGAUAGUGGAUCCAUCCAGACGAGCACCACCAGGAAAAUGCAGCAUCAAGCCUUCGCCUGUUAAGAUAAAGGGAAAGCUGAUUCAUUUCCGCCCCAAAGAAGAGUUCGUAGUUAAUAAGAAACCGACCACCACACCUGUUCCGACGACGACCACAAGAAAACCUACUACUACAACAAGAAAGUCACCACGAAAACAUAUAAGGAUAAUAAAGCCACCAAUGCCAACAAGAAAAACAACGAGAAAAACGCAACUACCAUCACCACCAACGACGGCAACACGAAGCACAUUACAGACAACAAGAAAAACAACAGUGAGAAAGACAACCUUACCGCCAACUAUAAAAGCAACAGCAAUGAUAAAAACAACCUCAGCCACAACAAUAAAACCAACAACUGUCAAGAUGGCCAUGGCAACAACUCCCGCCCCAACCACACCCACUGGUAGGCCUACUGGUGCACCUGGUUACCAAACCAGCCCCAUUGGUUACCCAACUCCUAAGUCAGCUGUUAAUCCGAGCACUAAACCGAUUGUUAGGAUUAACAGUAAACCUACCAGCAGAGCAGUGCAUGCCGUGCCGCGAGGAGAAGCCACCAGCAUCAGACCAGGUUAUCGCACAUCGCCUGUCACCUCCUCUAGGAUCGCUCAAACCCCAGUCAUCAUGACAGCUCAACCAAGGAGGCCUCUUCAGCACCCAUCUAGUACUACCCCUCAACCUUUAACCUCACCACAGCCUUCUGCAUCCACAACACCUCUGAAACGACAUUCUAUGGCUCUGACCUCUGCAUGUUACCCUGAGCGUCUUGGAGUGUUGACCACACCACAACCAUCAUAUUGGAGCCACAAGCCCCAGAGACCACCAACCAACACCACAUUGCCUAAAGCACAGGAAGAGAAGCUGUGGCUGGGAGAGAAACUUGACAGACCUGGGGAGGGCAAUCAGAUAUAUAAGAGGCCCAGAGGACGUGGCAGAGGUCACGGUUACAAAAGAGGAAGAAGAGGGAGAAGGCUGAGGGUUGGCUCAGUGCGGCUGGUGAGCACCGAUGGUUUAUCAGAUCGAGGUAGAGUGGAGAUCUUUAUCCGAGGGGAGUGGGGAACAGUGUGUGAUGACCUUUUCACUAGCAAGGCAGGCACAGUGGUGUGUCGACAGCUCGGCUUUGCGACGGCGCUGGCAGUGAUGAAGAGGGCUGCGUUGGGGGAGGCACACAGCAGCGUCAGAAUCUUUCUGGAUGACGUGGAGUGUGACGGCGGGGAGAGAUCACUACUGGAGUGCAAGAGAGCCAUGGUUGGGAAACACGACUGCUCACAUGAGGAAGAUGUAGGGGUGAUCUGCGGCUAGCGCAGAGGGGUUAAAAGUAAAGGUAUAGGAAGACAGUGGAGUAAUGUAUAGUACUGUCACACACAGGAAGUGACAGGAUUGGGAAGAAUCAAGCACAGAAGAAGAGAGUAUUUGCAGAAUUUACAGUAUUAUAGAUUAUUACAGACCUUACACUUUAAGCAACAAUGUCAGUGACAUCACGUUGCUUUAUUUUUUCAUGUUUACUUGUUUUACAUUCAGUAGUGUGGCUCCGUUUCUAGAUUCCAGCCCCUUGCUAAAUGCCAAAUGUCCGUCUAACAUUGCCUUAAAAUACUUUCUAUGCACUUUUAACAAAGGGCAGAGGAGAAUGCCCCUUUCUCUGGCUUAGUCUGAUUUAUUUGAAGGGAGUUUCUCUUGAAUCUAAUCAGCCUGCUAAUUAUUAAACUAAAUUAAACAUUUUAGUUUAGCUGCUGACAUUUUCUAAGCCUACUCACUCUUAAGCCUUGUGUAAUGUUUUGGUAAAAUCAACAUUCACGGCAGCAAUCAAACUAAAUCAAGUCAUUUCAGUGACUUCAGUGAAAUGUGGCUUGGCUUGUAAAUUCAUACCACCUACCAUCCAAAUUUAUAACACUUUGCACAAAUUGUACAGAAGAAACAAGGCAUCCACUUCACCACUUAAACCACAUCUACUCCUAAUAGUAGUGACACCGGCUGGAUGGGACAACUAAUGUUCCCUUGAAAUAUCUGGUAUAACUGUGUGGUUAUUGAACAAGAGUCCAAAAUAUUUAAAAGGACCCUCGAGUGCAUUUUGAUGUGUCACGUUCUAGUGUGACCUGGCACACUUACUGCCAAACUGAUCCAUUUUUAAAUCAAUCGAGACAAUGCAAAGCAGUAACCUUAAAAAGAGCCUUAUUGGAAAAGUGCAACUAGUGAUACUGACUAGAGUGUAGAUUUCAGGGGUGUUGAUUGUUCAGUUAAGCACAAAUUUUUCAUAAAAAAUGUUUAUUUAUUCAAUAUAAACUGAGUUAGCUGAGAAACUUUAAUGCCAUUCCAGUGGCUCUGUUCAGAUAUUCACUAUGGAAAAAAGGCACCCAAAUCUGUUAAAAAAAAGUCAACUGUGUUCUGAGAAGAUAUUUGUAUUUUUGUAUUGAAUCAUUUCGGCAGGACUAUUUUCUAUGUGGAUUUCAAUACCUUCUUGAAUGUAGUUUUAAGAUGAUGUUUUAUAAAGGAAAUGCUGGACAUUCUGUACAAUGAAUGUAAUAAAAUGCCUCCAGAGUUAUAUAAAGAUAA